AAGUCCCCUCGCUCAUUCGUUCAGCACACUUUGGAAGGUGGAAACAAGCACCAGCCUAAAGCAAGAGUGAAGACUAGAUCUACAUCUGCAGCAGACACAGUGUUUCUGGUAUCAGAGUAAAGAGAGAUGGAGAGUGUCCUCUCAGUGAAGAUGUGUGCCGUGUUCGCUCUGGUGCUACUGGCGUCCAGUGUGAGUGACGGAUGGAUUCUGAGCAAAUGUGAGCUGAAGGCCCAACUGGAGGCAGCUCUGGGAGCGAAUAUGCCUGGAAAUAUGACCAGAAUUCUGUUUGCAAAUACAAGUUUGUCUGUAAAUAUAACUGAAAGUGUGCCUGGAAAUAUGACUGGAAAUAUGUCCAGAAACCUCACCGCCAGAAUUGUCUGUACAGUGGAACGCAUCUCAAAGUUCAACACCAGCCUUGUCACCACCAUCAAGAAGAGCAAACCUGUAGGCAAACCCCAAGUCCAUCCCCCUUCCAAACCAAAUGGACCCCCUUCAGGACGGCCAAAUGGAAAACCAGAUGGAAGACCUGGAAAACCACCUAUGGGCCGUCCAGGUGGACGGGGAAAAAGAUCACAUGGCAAGUUCCACGCUGGCCUGUUCGGUGACAAUUCAGGCGAGUCUUCCGAGGAAGUGUCCGGCCCUGCUGGUGUCACCACUAAACUGUUUGGAAUCUUCCAGCUGAGCAAUCUCGUGGCCUGCGAUUCGAGAUCAAACCCGAGUCUGAACGUCUGCCGCAUGAACUGCAGUGCUCUGAUUGAUGAUGACAUCAGCGAUGACAUUGCCUGCCUGAACACCCUACUGAACACUGUGAACAACGUGUUGGAUUUGCUGUCUGUGGAGGAGUGUCGCUCUGUCAGUGCCAUGCAGUACUUUGCUGAGUGUGUCUAAAACGUUCCUCAGACGUGAAGAAUCUGUCAAUCUACAUUUCCGUAAUACACUGUAUUAUUGCAAAUGCAAUGCAGUGCUACAUAAAAGCUUCCUGGGUGUGUCUUAAUCUUCUGGACAUGGUGGACAGGAACUAGUGAUAAUAUUCACUCAGAUUUAGUUGCAUGUAUCAGAUCUUAGACUUCAACUAACAUGUCUUUAUUGUGGACUCAAUUGUUUCACUCAUCUGUUCUACUCUAUGCAGCGCAAUACUCUUUGCAAAUAUGAGGACGCUACAUGUAAAACCUUUAACUAAUAUGACAUUAAAAUGUGUUAUAAAAGACUUU